AUGUUCGUGUACGAGUUUAUGGCUGGUCUCGUAGACACCAUCACAGGCGAUGACGAUGAAUCCUACGACCCACAUCAGCAUCGAAAAGUCGAAAAACCUACGUCGUACUCGGACACGAUGAUCCACCUGCUAAAAGGCAGCAUAGGUGCGGGGGUGCUGGCUAUGCCCAACGCUGUGCAGCGUGUGGGCAUCUUGGGCAGUAUAUUCAUGAUGAUACUCAUCGGCGCGUUCGCUGCUUAUUGUAUGCAUCUUCUGAUCAGCGCCCAAUACACUCUAUGUAAAAAGACGAGACGCGGAUACUUAGCGUACCCUCGUUCAAUGUAUUUAGCGGUUCAGGACGGCCCACCGUGUCUCCGGUGGGCGGCGGCGCCCCUCUAUUACUUUGUGGAUGUAGUUCUCAUCAUGUGGCAACUUGGUAUUUGCUGCAUCUACUGCGUUUUCGUCUCUGAAAACGUCAAACAGGUGUUUGACUUUUACGGACGAGAGAUGUCGCUGCGCGCUCAUCUAUGCGUUCUCCUGGCCCCUCUUGCAUUACUAGGCCUGCUGAAGGAUCUCAAGCUGAUGACGCCACUGUCCACGAUCUCGAACAUCGUAACUAUGCUUGGCUUCAUCCUGGUCUUUUUCUACCUAAUAGAAGAUGACGUGCAGGUGGACGAAGAAAAGCUCAACUUCAAGAGCGUAGAAGAUGUACCCGUCUUUAUCGGUAUCGCGUUGUUUGCCUUGGAGGCUGUAGGAGUGGUCCUUGCGCUUGAAUACAAUAUGGAGAAUCCAAAGCGAUUCGUCGGUAUUUGCGGAUUAUUCAAUAUCGGCAUGAUUAUAAUUCUAUCUCUGUACAUCAGUAUGGGGGUGUUUGGAUACCUAAAGUACGGAGAAGAUAUAAAACCUUCGAUCACUCUUAACUUACCGCAACACGAAAAGAAGGCGCAAGCGGCAAAGUUGACUUUUGCGUUGGCUAUAUUCCUAUCGUUCCCCCUACAAAACUUCGUAGCUUAUUCCAUUCUCUGGCGGAAAAUACAAAAGAAAAUCCCUGUGUCAGAGAGGAGUGUUUUGUUCUUCGACUACGCGUUAAGAAUCCUUCUUGUGAUUAUACCGUGGCUAUUAGCGGUGCUGGUCCCACGGCUGGGACCGUUCAUCUCGCUCUUCGGUGCAUUCUGUCUAUCGCUGCUGGCGGUGGUGUUCCCGGGUAUUAUGGACGCGUGUCUCCACUACCCGGAGCACUACGGCCUGGCAAGAUUUCGCCUGGUCCGCGACAUACUAAUAGUGCUCGUCGGCGCUGUCUGUCUACUCGCCGGUUGCUACACUAGCGUCCUGGAGAUUUUCGAGGCAGACGAAUGA